AAUUGGAUUUUACUCUGACCAAUGAAAACGACGUGUUUUAUGUUUCCAUAACCUCCCACUGAAAUUGUGAUAACACUGUUGUGAGUGUUGCGUGUUAUUUUUGUAAAUUUCAAUCUUCAAUUUUAGAAUUGUGAAAAAAUAAAAAAGGAGAGUGAAAUAAACGUUCAUAAGCCAUAACCGAUUCACGAACUUCUUUGAUGAAUAAGUAUAUUUAGUUAUCUCAGUUAUCUGGAAUUUUACUCAACAUUUUCUGAGUUGAUUUUCCACAGUAGACUGAUUUCCAGGUCUAGAAAGGAGAAUACGUACCUAUUAUUAAUUAGAAAUUUUGAGAACUGAAAAACUACUUGUAACUUGUACUACCUACUUUAGAAUUAGAUGACGAGAAAAAACAAAAUAAGUAAUGAGAAGGAAAUAUAAUAAGAGAGUGAGAAUACAAAUCAUUUUUUACCAUAUUAAGCCCUUCGGCAUUUUGAAAAGUCAAUUCAUUCUAAUCUAAUCGAUUUCUAGAUCAGAGUGAUCAUUCAUAUUUGUAAAAUGUACGUAUGUAGAUCAAAAUUUAUUCUUUUCAGACUGAAGAAUUAUCUGGAAAUUUUUGAAAUGAGUUGUAAUAUCGCGAGCAAGCUUUGCUAGUUGCUACAGUUAUCAAAUUAUCAAUUAUUUAUUUAUAAUAAAUGAAAUGACAUGAUUGCAUAGGUAGGUAGGUACUGCAUAGAAAAAUUACUCAUUAGUCAUUUGUAAUGAAUAAUAAUUGAAACAAUAAAUUAAUAUCACGCGAAAUAGCGAAAUUAGGCAGUUUGAAUCUAUUUUUAAUAAAAAUUGUAAGUAUGCUAUACUGACUAUAUCCUUUUGUGUGUGGGGAAUGCGUUUUCAUUGGUCGGAGUAAAAUCCAGUUUUGCGGCGGCUAACGAUUAGUAAAUUUUCUAAUUAUUGAUAAAGAAUUAGGUUCAAUUUUAUGGAUUUUAUGGAUUUUAUUCUGUUGUUUGAGUUUUAAGCGUUAAUUUAUUGUGUUGAAUUUUAAAUUUGUAUUAAUCACGAUGCCCAGACCAGUGGACGAGUUCCCAGAAGUCGACAGUGAUCACGAUGCUGAAGAUAGAAGAAUUAAAUCUAAACAGAAAAAGAGACGCAGCGUUGCGGUUGAAUCUACGUCUUAUCUCGAAGACUCGAUUAUCUCCGAUGAAAAUCUAUUCUCUUCGGAAUCUCAAAACCAAAGUUUUCAAAACGAUUCUCAAUUAGAUUACUCGGAUAAGAACGCUUCGCCGAAAAGCAGCGCUAAAAAAAAGAAAAAAACAAAAGACGAUGACGAAGAGCCAUCGAGCGAAGAAGAACGAUGGCUUCAUGCUAUAGAAGCUGGAAAACUCGAAGAAGUUGACGACGAAUUGAAGAAGAUUAAACCCAAAGAUCCCAAACUUAUGACUGCUCGACAGAGAGCUAUGUUGGAACGAAAAUCAGAUAGAGAUCCUUUUGCUGAACAACUGGUAUCCCUUCCUUCGGGUUAUCGUGAAAAAAUCGUCACCCCUGAAAUGUUGGAAGAAAAAGCCAAAAAGUUACAAAAAAGGAAGCAGUUAGCAGAUGAAAAACGUGAAAACGAUAAAAAAAAAACCAUGGAACGAUUGCUUAAAAAAUCAGAGAGUAAAAGUUUAAAGUUGAGUCAGAAAUUAAAAGGUCUUAGAAAAUCAGUUCCUCUAAUCAUUUAUACCAAUAGAGUGGAUUCGGUUACGAUAUCGAUGCCUCCUGAUGUUUCCAUUCCGUUAAAUUCUUCCCCUAGACCAGUGAAGCCUCCUGUAAUAUGCGGAGUGGAAAACUGUCGUCGAAUCAAGAAAUAUUCGUGUUCGAAAACUGGUGUACCUUUAUGCAGCUUUGAAUGUUAUAAAAAGAAUCUCAAACGAAAAGUACCUCGUGUAGUCAAAUGAAAAUUAAUCCCUAAGCUCAUUUUAAAUUACAUACUCGUAUCUGUGAUAUAUAAAAUAAUACGAUGAACGUACCUACUUACGAGUUCAUAAAAUUUUAUUUAUUAUUAAAAAAAUAAUCACAAUAAAUUAUUAAUUUUAAACAAAAAAAAAAAAUCAUGUUAUUGAGUUAAAUUUUAAAAUAAAUAACCGAUUCGGUUUCCACCUUGA